AUGGCUAGCCCUCCUGUGCUAGCUUUCGAUGCUGAGGGCCGCCCAGUGAAGUUCGAUACCUGGCUAGAUGACCUACACCUCUUCCUACAGCUCACUGCCAAGGAGGACAUCUCACUGUACGAUCACGCCCUAGGCCAUGCUACUGCUCCUGCUGCUACUGAUGACAGCACUGCCCGCUCACAGUGGCAGACUCGUGACGCCCCCUCUCGCUUCGCUAUUCGCAACUCCCUGCCGAUAGACGAGCGCGAGCACUUUGGCCAGCACAAGACUGCACAGGCACUGUACACCGCUGUCGUUGCCGGCUACUCCUCACCUGCCUCUGCCGCGCUAGGCCGUCUCUCACUUCCCUACCUGCUUCCCGACCUGGCCUCGUUCCACACUGUCGCUGACCUCAUCACGCACCUCCGUACUAGUGAGGCCCGCUUCCUCACCCGCCUCCUUGACACUCUGCGUGCUGUCAUGGAUCACUUCCUAGCUCGCUGCCCCACUGAGCUCACCAUUGCCCUCCUCAAGAAGGAACUGCUUGCAGCUGAGGCUAGCAUAGUCGCUCCUCUGCUUCUGCUGUCAACCUCCUUGGUUCUGAGAAGGUCGGGGCUGCGUCUGCCUCGAGCGGGCGCCGCAGCGGCAAGGGUAAAGGGGGCAAGGGAGGCUAAGGUGACGGCGGGGGAGGCGGUGGUGGGGGUGGUGGCGACGGUGGGGGUGGUGGUGGGACUGGUGGGGCUAGAGGCAGCGGUGGGGGUGGUGGCGGCAACAGCGGGGGCGGUGGCAGGGGCGGGGGCGGUGGUGGGGGCGGCAGUGGACGCGGCGGCGGCAGGGGAGGAGGCGGUCGAGGAGGUGGUGGCGGCAAUGGUGGUCGUGGAGGCACUGGCGGUGACCAGAGCCUACAGCACUCUCCGUCGCCCCAGGAGCUCCGUGAGUGGUACGCUCAGCACGGGGGGGGGGGGGUGGUGGCCUUAG